AUGGCUGCCUCGGCCUUCAUCGUUCAGGUCUCAUGCGUCGUCGCCUUCCUCUUCGCAAAGACCACGGUGGCCGGAUCGAAUGCCUCGGCGUCCAUCAACGCCACCGCCAUGGCGCUGCGCCGCUCCACCGAGGCGUUGCCGGCGGCGGCGGCGGCGGCGCACAACGGCUCGCACCAGUACACCUGCUACCUGUGCCACAAGAGCAGGAGCCUGAUGAUCAGGCGGUGCCCCAUCGCGCAGGACGACUGCCACGUCGCCUGCGUGACGCUGCCGACCCCGUCCCGGCCGCCCUCCCCUCCCCGCGGGGUGGCCGCCCCCAGCGGCGGCGGCGGCGGCAGGGACGCCGACGACUGCUACGUCAUGAAGGCGUACCCCGACGGCAGCUGGGUCGUCGUCGACGUCGUCGGGUGCAGGGCGACCGCCGCGGCGUGCUACCUCGCGUGCGGCAACGGCGACGACGAGCACGGCGCGGGCGGGGUGGCGACGCCGCGAGGGCCGCUGCCGCACGGCCUGCCCGAGUUCCAGCUGUGCGGCGACCAUCUCACCGCGCGGGGCGGCGCCGUCGCCGGCGUGUAG